AUGAGAGGCGGCGAGGCCAUGGACGGGGCAACUCGCCCGAGGUUCUCGCUAGCCGGUACCUCUUCAAUCAACCGUUUCUAUGGCAAAAUCGCAUCCCGCUGGCGGGAGUUUAUCCGCCAAUUGGUGCUCGGAUUCACUUGGCUUUACCAGAGAGUUGUUGUUGAACUCAUCUUGCGAAGGAAGGCAUUGGCCAAAUCUGAUGGACGCCAUAUUCCACUGAGGAUUGGCCACGACUCGCCGCUUCUCGAUCCUCGGCGAGGCCACUCUUACAUCCCAAAUACUAUUCGAACUUCCAGAUACACCAUCUGGGAUUUCAUUCCUAAACAAUUGAUCUUCCAGUUCACACGCGUGGGAAACUUCUACUUCCUCUGCGUUGGUAUUCCUCAAAUGAUUCCUGGCCUUUCUACAACUGGAAGCUAUACUACAAUUCUUCCAUUGAUGUUUUUUGUUCUUCUUACUAUAUUUAAGGAAGGAUACGAUGACUACAAGCGGCACAGGCUUGACCAGGUGGAAAAUGCCAACUUCGCGACUGUCCUACGGAGGGAGGACAAGGCUGCGGGUGUUACUAAAAGGUCUUCCCUAUUGGAUCGAUUGAACCCGUUUCUACUUGGCGAGGAUACUCCAGCUCUCCCUGCCUCAGAGGAAAACCAUGAAGGGUUUCGCUGGCUACCUACGAGAUGGAGAGAUAUUCAGGUAGGGCACAUCGUCCGCCUGUCUCGAGAUGAGCCAGUUCCGGCCGAUAUUGUUCUGAUCCAUAGUGACGGAGAGAACGGGUUGGCCUAUAUCGAAACGAUGGCUUUGGACGGCGAGACAAACCUCAAAAGCAAGCAAGUCGCGCAUGUAUUCGAAAAUUGCGAUACCAUCUCCGGCAUCUCACGCUGCCAAGCGAACUUUGUCAUUGAAGACCCAAACCCCGACCUUCAUUCAUUUGAUGGCCGUGUAACUGUCGGCGAGAAAAACCCGGUGCCUUUGACGAUAAACGAAAUUGUCUACCGCGGCAGCAUCUUGCGAAACACAACAUGUGCCAUUGGAGUUGUCGUUAACACCGGCGAAGAAUGCAAGAUCCGGAUGAACUCGAACCAGCACCCCAGCGCGAAGAAGCCUGCCCUCGAGAGAAUGAACAACAAGAUCGUUGUCACCCUUGCUUCCUAUGUCGUUCUUCUGUCUGUUGGUAUUUCCAUGGGCUACGUCAAAUGGCAACGCGAAUACGAGCGUCAUGCCUGGUAUCUGACCUUUGCCAAAGUUCCCUUUCACCAGAUUAUCAUUGCCUUCAUCAUCAUGUUUAACAACGUGGUGCCUUUGUCUCUCUAUGUUACCCUUGAGAUUGUCAAGGUGGGGCAACUCCUGAUGUUGAACUCAGACUUGAAGAUGUAUGAUGAGGAAACCGACACGCCUGCUCGCUGCAACACCAACACAAUCCUCGAGGACCUAGGACAAAUAGGAAUCGUAUUUUCUGAUAAGACAGGAACUUUGACAAACAACAUCAUGAAAUUUCGCAAAAUCAGCAUCGCCGGAACCAUUUGGCUGCACGAAAUGGACCUUCAAGCGGCCGAGUCUGAGUCCAUAGCCGAAGGUUUAUCUAGCUGCACAAGCACGGCCGGCUCCGUUAUGAAAAUUGAACCAAUUAGGUUGGUUGUACCUAAUGACCAUCGCCCUGAUUCCUUGGAACCCCCAAAUUCAACACCUAGACCAUCGAUCGGAGGAGGCAGACGAUCAUCGUCUCAUUGGAGGUCGACGGGAAGACCCGACCAUGUUCAACCCGAAGUGAAUACGGAGGAUUUGAUGGAAUAUGUACGACUGAGGCCACAUUCUGCUUUCGCGAGAAAGGCUCGCGAUUAUCUUCUAGCCAUGGCUCUCUGCCACACCUGUUUACCGGAGCUGAAGGAUGGCAAGAUCGAAUACCAAGCAUCGUCUCCAGAUGAGCUUGCUCUAGUAAAGGCGGCGAGAGAGUUGGGAUAUUCUGUCGUCCAGCGGACUUCGAGGUCCAUUACGCUUCGAAUCACCGACCACGACAGUUUGACCCCGGCGGAGGAGAAAACGUAUGAAAUUCUCGACGUCAUCGAGUUCAGCAGUGCGCGCAAACGAAUGUCCAUCGUUGUCCGUUAUCCCGAUGGACGUAUUGCUGUUAUCUGCAAAGGUGCCGAUUCUGCCAUCCUGCCACGGUUGAAAAUGUCUUCGCUUGCCAUGCAAAAAGCACAUGAAGUCCGCGAGAGUGCUGAUUUGGAGCAUGAGAAAUUUCGACGAAGUGAGCAUCAGAGAGCACGAGGCAAUAUUACGGGGGCUCGUCAAAGUUUAACCGUACGACGAAACCCUGCCCCUUCCAUGGAACACCGAAGAUUCGAUGGUAUCAGGAGCCAAUCGUUCGAAGCCGGCAGGUUGAUGCCACCAACCACGGUCAUGCCUCGGGCUUCUCUUUCAGCAAGGGGUGCCUCAUUCGACGUCCAGAAGACUUCUUACCUCUCAGCUCAUUCUCAUCAUACCGCGCCCCUUCCAGAACGCUAUAGUUUCUUAGAAGGCCCCCACAUGUAUGACGAAUCCGAAUCGUUCUCAAAGUGUUUCCAGCACCUGGAAGAGUUUGCAACAGAAGGCCUGCGUACAUUGCUCUACGCUCAAAGAUUCAUAUCCGAGUCGGACUAUCAAUCUUGGAAGAAGUUGUACGACGAUGCCACGACUAGUCUUGUCGAUCGUCAGGAGAGAAUCGAGAAGGCCGGCGAGCUGAUUGAGCAGUCAUUCGACCUUGUUGGCGCUACUGCCAUUGAAGACAAACUACAGAAGGGUGUUCCCGACACGAUUGACCGACUUAGAAGGGCAAACAUCAAGAUAUGGAUGUUGACCGGCGACAAGAGAGAGACGGCUAUCAACAUUGCUCAUUCCGCUCGUCUUUGUCGACCAGGUUCGGAUAUUUAUAUCUUGGACGUUGCCAAGGGUGCACUCGAAUCUCAAAUCAUAGAUCUAAAAGAAGAUUUAGAGGCUGGCUCGGUGCAUAGCGUCGUGGUGAUCGACGGCCAAACUCUAGCGAAGGUGGAGUCAUCUCCCGAGUUGUCAAGCGAGUUCUACGCAGUCAUGCUUCUUGUUGAUUCCGUUAUUUGCUGCAGAGCUUCGCCCGCUCAGAAAGCACUACUUGUUAGGACGGUACGAUCACAGCUACGAACCUCGCCGAAGAUGCAAACACGUGGUCUGACCCUAGCAAUUGGUGAUGGUGCCAACGACCUUGCCAUGAUCCAAGCAAGUCAUGUCGGCGUUGGCAUCUCCGGGAAAGAAGGCCUUCAGGCAGCCCGUGUCGCCGACUACUCUAUCGCCCAGUUCAGGUUCCUGCAGAGGUUGCUUCUCGUACACGGCCGAUGGAACUACGUGCGCACUGCCAAAUUUAUUGUCUGCACCUACUGGAAGGAAAUGUUCUUCUAUCUUUCUGCCGCACAGUAUCAGAGGUAUAAUGGUUACACCGGUACAUCCUUGUAUGAGGCCGCCAGUUUGACCGUUUUUAAUACACUCUUUACUAGUCUCUGCACAAUCUGCAUGGGUAUCUGGGAGCAGGAUCUACAGGCCGAAACGCUCCUGGCAAUCCCAGAGCUAUAUGUAUUCGGACAGCGCAAUAAGGGUUUGAACCUUCAGAACUAUGUUUUGUGGAUGCUGCUUGCGGUCGUCGAGGGUGUGAUUUGUUGGUACGGUGCAUGGGCAGGGUAUGGCUGGAUUGUACCAAGCGGACAGGAUCACAAGUCGCUCUACUCCCUCGGUCAGUUGGUCUUCACUAUCGGCGUUUUCUGGAUCAACUGGAAGCUAUUCAUUUUCGAAACUCACUUCAAGACAGGCAUAGUGAUGUUUUCGUUCUUCCUGACCACCUGGGGUUGGUUCGCGUGGAACGCCUUUCUCAGUGGCGUAUAUGCCAAAUUCCCUUCAGGCCCUUACGCAAUCCGCGACUCCUUUACUCAGCUCUGGGGGCGAGAUCCCACUUGGUGGGCAACCUUGUUUCUGGUCCUGUCAUUUCUAGGCCUCAUGGAACUUGUGGGAAAACUAGUCAUAACACAGAUUCGCACGUCUGGACAGAAGGGUUCAAACGGCAACAUGGAGGAUUGGGAUUUGGAGACAUGGCAGGAGAUGGAACACAAUCCCGAAGUCAAGCAGUACCUAGAGAGGCUGGCCAGGGAUGGAGAUGAUGAAGACGACCUUUAUGAUGAUGUCAUGGAAAUGGGGAUAGACUCGACUGAUCUGCCCGGGGACAAGGGCGGCACCUUCCGAGAGCAUGUUAUCAAGCUGGGAAGCAUGCUGCCGUCGCUUAACCGGGGCGCUGCGAAAUAG